GGCGCGAUUUAGGGAAUUUUUAGCGAGCAUUUUAGCGUACACCGGGUGCGUGCACACUUUUUCCUUUCUUUUCGUUUCCGAAAUCGCGAGCACGCGGAUUUCGCUGGGGAUAUUUUGUAAUAAAUAAAUAAGGACAGCCGGCAAGAUGACCAAGAAGCGCCGUAACGGAGGACGCAACAAGCACAAUCGCGGCCAUGUGAAGCCCGUGCGCUGCACCAACUGCGCCCGUUGCGUGCCCAAGGACAAGGCGAUCAAGAAGUUCGUCAUCCGCAACAUCGUCGAGGCGGCCGCCGUGCGUGAUAUCACCGAGGCCAGCAUCUGGGAGUCGUACGUGCUGCCCAAGCUGUACGCGAAGCUCCACUACUGCGUGUCCUGCGCCAUCCACUCGAAGGUGGUGCGCAAUCGUUCCCGCGAGGCCCGCCGCAUCCGCACGCCCCCGCUGCGCUCCUUCCCCAAGGACAUGGCCCGCAACAACCAGAAUAGGAAGUAGAGAUCUUGUCCAGCGCUGAGGAGCACUGGUUGCUUGUCAACAUCUGUAUAUGGAGUCUCGCUUUUUGGCGGGCUGUCCCGCACAUUUUCGAUAAGGAAACGAGGGGCAAUGCCCUGUUAAGCCGGCGAAAUAUAUGCAUCCAGUUCUUUUAAGUUCAAAUAAACAGAGUGCUUCAUUGGGAAA